GUCGAGAUAUGCAAUGCCAGCGUUAUCACUCCAUAAGCGGUUCCUUGCCACUGAAAAGUAGAGCGAUCCUCUGCGCGAGUCCUUGCCAAAUUGGUGGAGCUCACAACAAUGUGGCGACUCGAUCUAGCUGCGCUUCUUCUUGUGCUGCUGGUGCUGCUCCGCUGUUGCGUGUCGUGUUUAUCCGAGACGGGCCAAUACAAUCGACCAAGUCGGAGCCACCGCAAUGUGAGCUGCUUCCAGUGCAGCUGGCUGUCCGAGCAAUCGGUGGACGAUGAGCGCCGCAUGGAGUUCGCCAAGCGCUGGAAGGCCGCGUACGCGGACUCGGAGAAAACCAUCCACAACCCGUUCAAGUCGCCUCUGCUGGGUGCCGAGACGUUCGCCCAAAUGCCCACCAAGGCCCAGCUGGCGGCACGUUGCAGCAACUGCAGCAAGAUAGGCGGCGUGUGCGCCCGCUGGACAUAUUACGGAAACACGGGUAAGCCGGCGAACGUGACGUGGAUGUGCGUGAACAGCCGACAGACGGGCUGCUUCCUGGAGCACGUGCCCAUGCACUUCACAAAGGAGGUGUGCCUGUGCGCCGACAGGCACCACUGCAACGUCGCCACUGCGCCAAAGCCCGUGUCACUGCUGGUCGGGCUUCUCUGGGUGACAUGGGCCGUGGUGUCUUGCACAGUGCUCUCUUGACAUCGCAGACGAACGAAACCGAUGUACACGUUUCCGUAACAACGGCAAAUAAGAAAAAAAAGCACAAAACAACGGACGGAGACCUUUAAAGCGAACCAUUCUUUGCCUCAUACGAGGCACUUCGUGGUGGGUGUGUAGGUUCCCAUUCAUAAACUCGCUUCGGGACUCUCCGAUAAAAGACAUUGUGCAGACCCCACGUGCUGUGGGGUCCGCAUAAUUGCGGGCAUGCGAAAAAAAAUUUUUUUUUUUCAGGUAGCUGGCUAUCCAGCAUCGUUUCUGGUUCUGCAACACGUUGCCAGGUGGACCAACAUGCUGGUGUGAGACGAGCAAUUGUUUGCGGAAAUAUCGCUAUCCAGUAAAGUGAAAAUAAAAAAUAAAAAUUGAUUAUUGCAGCUGAGCCAAGAGGUGCACGACCAUGAUACAGGCACUCUGCAACUAUCCACAACCGCAGUGCAUAAAAAAUGAGUCUCCGAACCUUGUGCAGUAUGAUUGCAUGUACACACGACGCGAGUGGUGUACAACUUUCUGGAAGACACGCGGGCACAAGCGAUUGCUCUGGAACGUCCGAUGGCUCAUUAUAAAAGCCAACGCUCUUGAGACCCGCUGAUCAGAUUUUCGACGAUCGCGGACUGCGUUCGCUACUGUCGUUGUGCUUUGCGUGUAGUCUGUUUUGAGGGCACAGGUUCGCCCAGUAAACCACUCGUGUCACCAUUCA